AUGGGAGGCAGCCAAGUGAGAGGUGCAGGUGAUCUCAGUUCUUGCCCCAGGGCUAACAUAGAGGCAGCCUGCACUUGCAGCAUUACAGAGCGUCUGGCCAGGGCACACCAAGACUGGGGGCUUGGGAAGAUGAAGGGGCUACAGCUACUGCUGAAGUUGCUGCUGGUGGCCAGCAUUCUGGGCACACAGGGGCAGCGCCAGGUCUACUUCCGUGAGGAGUUUGAAGAUGGAGAAAACACAAGUUAUUUUUAUAUGUUGCGUUUUCUUUUUCUUUACUCCAUAGAUGGAUGGAAAAAACGAUGGGUGGAAUCUAACCAUCAGCCAGAUUAUGGUAAAUUUCGACUCACUGCAGGAAAAUUUUAUGGAGACAAAGAAAAAGAUAAAGGUCUCCAGACCAGUGAAGAUGCCAAGUUUUAUGCCCUUUCAGCCAGGUUUACGCCGUUCAGCAAUGUGAAUGAGACCUUGGUGGUUCAGUUUUCAGUAAAACACGAGCAAGGCAUUGAUUGUGGUGGCGGGUAUGUGAAACUUUUUCCUGACUCCCUGAACCAGGAAGAUAUGCACUCGGAAUCCAACUAUUACAUCAUGUUUGGCCCUGAUAUCUGUGGCUUUGGAAACAAUGAAGUAAAAGUAAUCUUUUAUCACCAAGAGAAAUACUAUGCGAACAACAGGACCAUCAAGUGCAGGAUCAAUAAAGACACUCAUCUGUAUACGCUGAUCCUUCGCCCUAAUGCUACAUAUGAGGUCAAAAUUGACAAUGAGCACGUGAUAUCUGGGGAACUAGAGGAUGACUGGGACUUCCUGCCUCCCCGGAAAAUAAAAGAUCCCUAUGCCCGGAAACCAAGGAAAUGGGAUGAGCGUGCACAAAUAGAGGAUCCUGAAGAUAAGAAACCUGAGGACUGGGAAGAGUUUGAGUUCAUCCCAGACCCGGAAGCUAAGAAGCCCGAUGACUGGAAUGAGGCAAUGGAUGGGGACUGGGAAGCCCCCCUCAUACAAAACGUUAAGUAUAAGGGACAAUGGAAACCCCGAAUUAUUGAUAAUCCCAAUUACCAAGGGGAGUGGAUCCAUCCAGAAAUAGACAACCCUCAAUAUAAGCCUGACCCUACCAUUUGUCACUAUUAUAACAUCAGUGUUCUUGGCCUGGAUCUUUGGCAGGUAAAAUCAGGCAGCAUCUUUGACAAUUUCCUUCUUACAAAUGAUGAAGAGUUUGCUGAAGAGGUUGGAAAUAAUACUUGGGGGUUAAGAAAGGACAGAGAAAAGAAGUGGAGAGAAGUGUAUGAAGAAAUAGAAAAGAAGAGGAAGGCUGAAGAGGCUAAGAAGAAAAGGGAAAGGGAGAAGGAAAGAGAAGAAGACAUCUGGGGGCUUGACCGAGAGGACAGUGAAGAGGAUUUUGAGGAAGAACCAGGAAAUGUCAGACAGAUGCAGGAAGAUGGUGCUGAAAGAGCAUUUCAGAGGGGUGAACUGUAA